UUGAGAGAUUCAGCGUGAUUUUCUUGAAGAACAUCUGAUAUGGAUUUGUUAAAGUGUAGUAAUACAGAUACAGAGAAGAGAAAACUCUCCAGUGAACUCCUGAUUACAAUGGAUAACGAAAAUCAAAAUAUGUGUUCGAAGAGACGAAGAGUUGAACGUAAUGGUUCAGACACAGAAAGCAACAGCUUCCCAACAGGUCUAGAAGUGUUGGUUUUUAAUGGAGAAUGGGAUACGGCUGAAACAGUUCCUUCAAUUAUUGGUGAAAUGUGCAGUGUAACUUUACCAAAUCUUGAUGCUUUGAAUGAGUUUUGUGUUCCGUGCAGUGAAAGCAGUAGAUCAGAAAUUAGUACUGAAGAUGAUUGUGUAAUAAGACACAGUUCGGAAACGACUGAACGUGAGGCUUUUCUUGAACCUACUCCAAUAACGACGCAUUCAGACGGAGAAUACAAACAUAUCAAUAAUGCUGAAAACAAUUGUGACAAAAGUCUUUCUUGGCUCAUAAAUUUUAAAGUUGGUUCUCUCUUUAAUGCAGCUGAAGUCCAGCAAGAUCACGUAUCUAACGGAAGAAGGAAAGUAACUACGUGUUCAGAUUCCCACGUUAACGUGAAAACCGAACAGCCCAGUGCAAAGCAAAGGGAAACUAAUCCCUCUUACCCUGGGUUCAUGAAGCCACCAUUCACCUACACUGAACUUAUUCAACAAGCUCUUAAAGAGAAAGGAGAACUUACGGCAUCAGAAAUCUAUAAGUGGAUUUCGGAACACUUUCCGUUUUACAAACCAGAUGACGACAGAUGGAAGAAUUCUGUCCGUCACAACCUAUCGAUCAGCCCACAUUUCCAAAAAGGCAACAAAGCACCUAAUGGAGUAGGUCACCUUUGGGUACUUGCAGAGAGUAAUAAAUAUUUCCAAACAGUGGAGAAAAUGAAACAGCAUUUUAAAAGGUUUCUGGCAGCCACUGUAACAACUCAUGAAGUUCAAGAAGCCACAGCCAGUAUACAGAGCAACAAUGAAAGCCAAGACCUCCACAACGAACUGUUGCUUUCUAUUGAAGCUGAGAACAGCCAGCUAUUCCAGGGAACUUCCAGUUAUACACUUCCACUGAGUCCUCUGCAAAGGAUCAGCCUUGAGCAGUCAGCUGAGGAAAUUCUCAGUGGAGUCAAAAAGGAUGUGCAGGUUCAAUAUCUUGUUCCUGUCAAUGAGGAAUCUCUAAGUAAGAAAGGUAUGCACAUUUUACAUUCUAUACAUCACUUGUCCUUCUUCAGCAUUUAAGUCAUAUACAGGACCUAUCAGUAAUAUAUAAAGGGAGCUGUAUAGUGCAUGACAUAAGUCUGGGACCAUGGCAGUAUUAUCUUCAAGAGUGAACUGUCACUGCACACAGUGAGCUCAUCCAACAAAACACUCACAGCAUUCUCUUGGACUGGUAAAUACAUUUGCAAACUUGUAUCACCAUGUUAACACUAAAUAUUGUCUAUGGUUCUGGAUUUCUGGGGCACUCUUCAGUUUUCAUCAGUCACUUCUAAUAGAUUAUUUGGAUUCUAGAACCAUGUCAUACUUUCUAUAUCUGAUGUAUAUGGGGUCCAUUAGAGAUAAUUCAUGGCCCAAAGCAAGCUGAUAUAAAAACACUUAUCAUGCUGGGACUUGAUUAACACUUUUUAAGAAGUAUUCCUUACAGUGGACAUAAUGAUAAUGUGUCUGAUAUGUUUUUAGGAGGCACUUAAUUCACAUCUUAACUGGAGCACCACCUGUCAUAACCAAAGGUUUUUGUGAGCUUUGUGUUCUUCCAAACAAAGGCAAGGAUAUUAACCUCAAAUAUAUCUUGACUUUCUCCCCAGCCCUUAACAAUUCACUUAGCUAAUCAUUCUCAGUCAUUUGACAGUGAUGUGCUGAGCAACUUGGAUCAAUGGAUAAUGCUUCAGAUUUGUACUUCCGAGGUGGUAUCUUGACUAUCAGUGACUAUUCUCAUAAAUGUUCCUCAAGACUUUCCUUAGUCUUUCCAGAUAACUGCUGGGAUAGUAACUUCUUAGGUCACAACUUAUUCUGUCAAAAUCUUUUCCAAUUCACCAUUCAGUAAUUCAUCUUACCAUUUGAUGCUAUUUAAUCUGACCUAAUAAUGGUGUCAUUAAAUAAACCACAAAAGAAACAUUAAAGACUUCUAAAGUUGAUUACAUUAUUACUAAAUAAAGUUAAUAAAUAACUGAAUGAAGACACUAAUUGAAGAUUCUAUUCACAUGCAACAAACGGAAAUCACUACGAUAGGAACUGCUCAUUUCUUCUUCCCCUCCUUUUCACUACCGGUUUCUGUGCCAAGUUUCCUUAUGUUAAGAUUUCACAGCUUUAAUUCCACUGCUCUUCCAUAUUCAAUAUCUUAUUCCAAAAUCUGGAACAGCAAAUUUUUAUGUAGAUACAGACUUAAUAGUAAUUGUAUGGAUAUAAAUUAUACACAAUACAUGGCAGCUUCAAAAAGUUCUGGGACAGAAGUGGAUAUAGUGAUAUUGUGGCAUUAGGCUGGAGCCUGCUUGUCAAUGUCAAGAUGUGAACGCCCCUACACACUGCAAAAUUGUUCUGUUACUACUAGGCAUCACAGUUCCCAGAGAAUGCAUGAAAGAUGUUGAAACUUACUUGAUGUGGUAAAAAUGAAAAUGGACAUUUUAUUGUACUAACUUCAUGUAACAAUCUUCUUGUUAAACUAUAUAAGAAUCUUACGGUAAUACUCACCACCCUACUCUUUCUCAGUGAAGAAUUACUAUUCAGCCUGAAUUUAAAUUACCCCUGUAGUCACAAAAAAUUUUCCAUUUCUACUUUCUCAACCUAGAAAAUAAUACAGUUUGCUUGGAUCUACAUGAGAAUAGCAAAAGUAAUGAAUAUUUUUCUCAUUUGUGUGAAAGUUAAAAAAUCUGUUUUCCGUUUUACAUUAUCACUGUCAUACUCACUAAAGAAAACAGCAUUCUUUUGUUGCAAGAGCUUCCCAAAAUCAUUCAAGUAUGCUCCAAGGGAUUCUUAACAAUUUAAUUUCUCUGUUAUUAUGCUGAUACAAAGGAUGCGUUGCUAAUACUGGUUACAAGUACUCAGAGGUAAAGAAUAACAAUUUCUUUCAAAUGUGUUUAACUAUAUUAAAAUAGAAUUUCUGAGAAAAACAUAAGCUGAAUUGCAAGAGAAAGUGGAGUUAUAAGGGUGAGUCUGAAAGUAUCUGCAAUUACUUUUUUAUUAAAUAAUUCAAUUACAGUGAGUAUGUACAACAGCAUCAUUACUCUCUAUAGUUCCUUUCCUGUUCAGCACACUACGUCCAGUGGCCCACAAGCUUCUGUAGGCACCAGGGGGGAAAAACUGAGUGAUAAGCCACGCACACUUCUUGGCCACUUGUGAAACUGUGGCCUCUCAAACAAUCUCUGAGUGAACAAAACAGGUGACAGAAGCAGCCAGAUCAUGACUAUAAGGAAGAUGUUCCAACACCUAAAAAUUCAGUUAGCAGUGAAUCUCAGUGGUCUGGGCAGCAGUGUGUGGACAACCAUUCUCAUGCAACUUGGCUGUACCUUUUGACAACAGUCCUCAAUGUCUGUUUCAAAUAACUGGUUUCAACUGGUUGUGAAGCAUUUCACUAUAAUGGACAUUGUUUACUGCUAUGCCCCUCUCUCAGUAGGGUUACAAAACUGCCCCUUCUCACCCGAGAACAAGUUCUGUCAGAAUUUGAUCACUACCUGGCGAUUUAUACCUUUCCAAUUUUGUAAUAGCAAUUUCACCCAUAAAAGGCCUAGGAUCAGGUACUAACAGCUCAGCUGCAUGUAUUUCUGCCUAACAUCACUGACCCUAUGUAAAAGUAAGUAAA